AUGACUGCCCCAUGUGGUGACCCUCAUCUUCCACCCGGUAGGCUUCCUCGCCGUCCCUCGGUCCACUUCUGGCUCCAUGGCGGCAUCAAGAAACACGUCUCCGCCACAAACCCGCUAGUAGUUUGCCACGAAGCCUCUGGCACUGUGCACGCCAUCGGGUCCGCCGUGACAACUCUAAAACCAGGUGAUGAGAUAGCCAUCGAGGCCGGAUUUGCCUGUCAUUUCUGCAUACAAUGCAAGAAAGGGCGAUACAGCCUCUGCCCCCGCAUGAAGUUCGCUGCGGACCCGCCCCAUACACAUGGCUUUCUUUCAAGAUUCGUCAAGAUUCCUGCCGAUUGCUGUUAUAAGAUUUCCGGCGUCAACGCUCCGUUUAGAGCAGACAUUGGACUUGAUGAGGCUGUGCUUAUUGAGCCGAUGGCUGUUGCUGUCCAUUCUGUGAGGCAGGGUGGUGUCAAGCCAGGGGAUAAGGUCGUUGUUUUUGGGGCCGGGACAGUGGGAUUGCUUUGUGCUGCUGUUGCGCGCCAGUUUGGGGCUAUUAUCAUCGUGUCUGUGGAUCGCGACGAGGACAAGUUGACUUUUGCGGAGGGCUGGAUGUUGCCGAAGCGGACUGUUGUGUUCACGACCGAGUUUGCACGUGAAUCAUCGACUGCGGAACAGAACGCUACCGAUUUGCGAAAUUUUGAUGUUGCCAUUGAGGCUACUGGAGCCGAGCAGUGUAUCCAGACAGCUCUUCGUUCGCUUCGGGUUGGGGGCUCGUUUGUUCAGACUGGGUUGGGGAGUGGGAAUGUCAAUUUUCCUAUGGCGACGGUUUUGGAGCAUGAGCUCACCCUUAAGGGGUCUUUCCGGUAUGGGCCUGGGGAUUUUAAGCUAGCAUUGGAGAUGGUGAUGUUGGAGAAGGUUAACUUGAAGCCGCUCAUCACCAAGACCGUGCCCUUUAAGAAUACCGUCGAAGCCUGGGAGAUUGCAAAGAGAGGCGAAGGGAUCAAGACAUUGAUUCGAGUUGGACUUUGA